UGACCUGCCCCACCUCAUUAGACAGUAGACUAUUUGCAAGCCGCUCAUAUUAAAAUCGGUUGUGGAAAAUCAAAAUCGAUAGAAUCAUUUUGGUCGUGAAUCCUCGAGGGACAGAUCGGUUCUCUCCUCAGAUAAUUUAUAGCUAUUACAGAUUACUGCAAAAGUCAUGAAUAUACUGAAACUAUUUUUCGUAUUUGCUACUUUGACGACGUUGGCGAAAUCCGAGAUUGCGGUUGAAUGGAUCUGCCAAGAUAUCAAACAAAUGGGCAAUUGCAGUAUCAUACCUAAGAUUACAGACUUGCUCCAAAUGAUUUCCGAUAAUUACGAAUAUCCAGACUUAUACUAUUGCCCAUACAAUAUUGUGGAACGUUACGCCAAGUGUAUGUAUUCUUACUUAUUUAGUUGUCAUACAUAUAUGAGUGAUCUUCAACAAACUAUCUUUACGACGUAUAAUUUGCCAGUUAAUGAGGACUCAAAAAUGCUCUGUACCAAAGGCCGGAAUUACAGGAGGGAAUUCAUAGAAUACGCAUCUUGUUCGAAAUCAGUAUUAAAAGCUGAACACCAAUGGAAACAUUUUUUGAAUAAUCAUGAAUUAGAAUUUGGAUAUGGUAUAGAAGACUUGGAAAUUCAUCAGAAAUGCCUAGUGGUUAAUGAUUAUUGGCAAACAACGAACAUGCAUAUUCGAGAAAAAUGUGGAUUUGACACCGAAAAGUUUCACCGCCAUGUGCUUGGGAAUAUGUGGCCCAUAUCAAUGAUUUUGAAAGUAUGCAACGACUUAUCAACUUAUGGAAUGUGAUACGAUGUACAGUUCAAAUCAAAUAUUUAGGAAUAGCUACAAGCCAACUACUUUUCAGAUUUAAAUAAUUGCGUUAUCGCUUAUUAAUUAACUCAAAUUUUAUGUAUUUUUUUUUUUUUUUUAUCUGAUUUUGUUUCAUUUAGUAAAAUUUAUAAUAUAUUUAAAACAUA